ACAUGUAAUUCUAUAUAUUUGCUACAUGAUGUCAGACUCAAUAUAUGUGUGAGUUAUACUGCUGGGGAACACACUGGAUUAUCCUGGCUCACCCCUUUAGUAUAGACUGUUGGAGGACAGACUGACCACAUUCACCCUAUCUGAAGGCUUUACACCAUGUUUGUACUAUUUCUGCCAGUAACCUUUUUUGCAGAAAUGAGGACGGGUCCAACCCAUGUGUCUGUCUGUCUCUCUCCUGCCCUCUCAGACCCCGUCUGUCCAUCCGCCCAUCCUGAAAGUGGAGGAGAAUGGAGGGGGGAGGGGGGAGGGAGGAAGCAACGUUUGACCUAAUUAGCUUUUGAGAAAACGCUGCCACAUUUCCUCCUCAUCAGCCCUCCAGUCUCCGUUACUUCAGAACAAGGUUCUUCUCCAGCACAGCGCACCCAGAACCGACCGAACCACUCAGAGGGACGGUUCGGAUGGGCUGCACAACGGAGUCUCGAACUUUCGGGUCUUUCUGCUCCCAGAACUCUCCUCUUCCCUCCAGUCCAGCACUCGCUGCCAACUGCAGCCACUUCCGAUGACACACAGGAAGUGAACCACAGAAAAACAUGUCAGGACAUAAAAACUGCUGUAUUAUGGCAAACUUCCGCAUUGAAAAGAAAAUUGGUCGGGGUCAGUUUAGUGAAGUCUACAAGGCCACGUAUCUGCUGGAUGGACAGCUGGUGGCGCUCAAGAAGGUCCAGAUUUCUGAGAUGAUGGAUGCAAAAACCCGUCGGGACUGCAUCAAAGAGAUCGAUCUCUUAAAGCUAAAUCACCCUAAUGUGAUCAAGUACCUGGACUCCUUCAUUGAAGGCACCGAGCUCAACAUUGUUCUGGAGCUGGCAGAUGCUGGAGAUCUGUCCCAGAUGAUACAGUACUUUAAAAAGAAGAGGCGACUCAUCCCAGAAAGGACCAUCUGGAAAUAUUUUGUGCAGCUGUGCAGUGCCCUGGAGCACAUGCACUCACGCAGAGUAAUGCACCGUGAUAUCAAGCCAGCCAAUGUGUACAUCACAGCCACAGGGGAGGUGAAGCUGGGGGACCUCGGAUUAGGACGCCUUUUUAGUUCUAAAACUACCGCAGCUCAUUCUUUAGUGGGAACACCUUACUACAUGUCCCCAGAGAGGAUCAAUGUGGAUGGAUAUAACUUCAAGUCAGAUAUCUGGUCCUUGGGGUGUCUCCUGUAUGAGAUGGCUGCCCUACAGAGUCCCUUCUAUGGAGACAGGAUGACCCUUGUGUCUCUCUGCCAGAAGAUUGAGCUUUGUGAUUACCCUCCUCUUCCUCCUGACCAUUACUCUGAGAAGCUGCGAGACCUGGUCAGCAUGUGCAUCAACCCAGACCCGGACCAAAGGCCUGACAUUGACUUUGUGCUUCAGACUGCCAAACAGAUGCACAUGUGGAGCUCCAGUAGCUGAACUCCACUCAUCAUCUCUGCUUCCUCUGAGGAACUGGACCCACAUGAUGGGAGAGAUGUCUGAAGCUGUAGAAAUCUGCACCAUUUCAAACAAGUGGAGCGUUGUGUUUCCAUUAUUACUUGUCAUCAUAUCAAGUCCAAACUAAAAAGACAAUGUGUGGCUUUGA